AUGGAGAAAGCCAAUCAAACCACUGCUCAGGAGUUUAUCUUCUCUGCUUUCCCUUAUUCCUGGAGAGAUUCUGUCAUCUGUUUUGUUCUACUGCUCUUCAUUUAUGCAUUCAUUGUUGUUGGAAAUGUGGUCAUCAUCACAGUGGUCCAGCUGAAUAUUCAUCUCCACACUCCCAUGUACUUCUUUAUCAGUGCCCUUUCUUUCCUGGAGAUCUGGUAUACCACAGCUACAAUACCAAAGAUGCUCUCUUGCCUGCUUUGUGAGAAGAGCAUUUCCUUAAAUGGCUGUCUUCUGCAGAUGUAUUUCUUCCAUUCCACAGGCAUCAGUGAGGUUUGUCUCUUGACAGCUAUGGCCUUUGACCGCUACCUGGCCAUCUGCAGCCCUCUUCAUUACCCUACUAUUGAGAGGCAACCUUUCACUAUCAUGACCCCAAAGCUAUGUGCCUGGCUGACUUUAGGUUGCUGUGUUUGCGGUUUUGUCACACCCCUUCCUGAGAUUGCCUGGAUCUCCACACUGCCCUUUUGUGGCUCUAAUCACCUGGAGCAUAUCUUCUGUGACUUCCUCCCAGUACUGCGCCUGGCCUGCACAGACACACAAGCCAUCCUCAUGAUUCAGGUAGUGGAUGUUGUCCAUGCAGUGGAGAUCAUCACAGCUGUGAUGCUCAUCUUCAUGUCCUACGUUGGUAUCGUGGCUGUAAUUCUACGUAUUCGUUCCACUGAGGGCCGUCGCAAGGCCUUUUCCACAUGCGUUUCCCACCUCACUGUAUUUCUGCUCUUCUUUGGCAGUGUGGCUCUCAUGUACCUACGCUUCUCUGCCACGUACUCCUUAUUCUGGGAUACAGCCAUUGCUCUGGCCUUUGCAGUUGUAUCCCCAUUUUUCAACCCCAUUAUCUAUAGCUUGAGGAAUAAAGAGAUAAAGGAAGCCAUAAAAAAGCACAUGAGUCAAGUGAGCAUCUUUUUUUCAUAA